UACCGUCGUCCCCCGAACAAAACGCGCCGUCAUCGUGAAUGUAUACAAGCCAUUUUUCCGGUCCGAUACCGUUAGAAUGAGGGUGCGCUGUGCUCGGGGGAAGACGGAAGCUCUCAGGGGAUGGUGAUGAGGGGCAUGGGGGCAGCACAGAAAAGACGUCGGAGAGUGGUGGGGGAGAAAUGGGAGCAACAAGAAGAAAGCUGUCCCGCGCCGACAGGACUAGUGGCACCUGGAUUCCCAUUGGACCAGGACCAUUCUGCGGAACACUGGGACCACCGGCGGGUCAACCGCCGGCGGCUGAACUGCGAGGGAUUGGGCCCACAGCGAUUGGAUCGCCAGCAAUUGGAACACCAGCAGGGCUUGGGCCCGCAGGGGCUGGGCCACAAAGGAUGGGACCAGCUAGAGCGGGACCAGGAGGAAGCUGGCCGCACGGGUCAGUUCCGGGACCAGGUGCAGAAGUUGGAGAGUCAUCAGCGUGAUGACGUCAUCCGCUGCGGUCAAGGUCUGGACCAGCAGCAGCCGGGGCAGGAGUUGGACGUCCAAGUUGAGGGUCGUGAGUUGGAGCGGGAUCGGGAUCGCGAUAGGGCUGAAAGUCGGGAUCGGGAUCGGGAUCCCCCAUUCAAGAUAUUCCGUGUGCUCGAGGAGUUAGGGCAGCCUCACGUGUAUGCGUUCCACGUGAUCAUGCCAGCUCGGCAGCCGAGCUGGAAGGAGAUAGUGCGAGCUCUCCAGCAAGGAUUUUCAACCUUCCUUGUUCAAAUGGAUACGACUCUACUUCAUAAGGGCAAUUUAACUGCUGGAGUUCCUUCACCCCUGACUCAAUCUGUGGCUCAACAACAGUUCAGGAACUGGUGCUCUAUUCAGCAACCUGGUGGUCAGUUGACUUUGACUUUCAUCCAGGCAGCAUAUGCAGCAGUGAUAGAAAUGCACAGAACACAGUCGGCUUCCUGGCCGCGUGCCCUUCUUUCUGAUUUCUUCCAAUUCUUCAUCCAGAAGGGGAUCGGUGCUCUCAGGGAUUGUACAGCAGGAAACCUUUCGACAGAAAUUCAACGGGAUUCGGAGAGUGCUCUAUUUGCCAGCAUCUUUUUUGUCUCCCACACACUCCUUGCUCUGGAGGGAAAGAAUGCCGAUUCCAGGGAUGCGAAAGGGGCCACCAAGUCUGCAGGCUUUAAAGCGAGUCACACAUCGACUGUCAUUACUGGAGGGGAUGAUCGCUGUGUGCAGAAUAUACUAGAGUUGAAAUUCCAAGCGACUGGUUUCCUGUGCAAGAGCCUUGAGGGUAUGUAUGAUCACCCUGGAGUAUUUCAGUUCGAGGAUGUGCGGCGUGCACAGGAUCUUAUCCUGAUGGUGGCGAUGGAGAUGGUGCUAGGGCUGUCCCAACGCCUUGCGACAGAUGGCAGCAUAAAUGGUGUACAAGGAAAGUCUGCAAGGAGGGACCUUCUGAAACCCCUUCUGAUGGGGAUUCUUGGAGGACCAUUUCUUAAAUGCAUGCCGGACCCUACAAGUGUAAAUCCAAAUAGCAAAUCAUCAGAACGGGCGUCCAAGUGUCCGCGACCAUCCGAUGCCGGGAAGGUAAAAAUGGUGAUGGAGACAUUUCAGGCAUUGAAGAAUCUCUGGUCGAGGCGCAGGCAAACACUCGCAUUCAUGGUUGAUCUAAUAUCACACAUAAUGGAGCACAACAGGCUGGCUGGAUUCUCCUUCUUGAUGCAGGUUGUCAAGAUCGUGAAGACGACACUUUCCACUUCCACAGCGGGCAGCUGUCCAGAGGCAGCGUCACAGGAUGAGAUCGGUGAGUAGCAGUCGAGCAUACAACAAUCUUUUCUGUCUUGUUUUGGUUUCUGGAAAAAUUGUUGAGAUGCCCCUAAAAGCUUGGGUAUUUCGUCA